GGAACACAUCAUAUAUUUACCGCAAGGUUAUUAAAAUUUACUUAUUUAGUUUAAUUCUUUUAAAAUUACAGAUUGUUUAACAAGUUACUUUUCAAAUUAAGUGAAGGGAGUUUUCUGCAAUAAGUAUGUCGUGGGUGAAAGAAGACGUCGUAUCGUUCUUCCAGUUAUUCUGUAUCAAAGUUGUUAAGACUGGCCGCGUUCCGCAACACAUAGCUUUUAUAAUGGAUGGAAAUCGUCGUUACGCCAAAAAACACAAUGAAAAUACGGCUGCUGGCCAUUCUAAAGGCUUUGAUAAGCUUUCAGAAACUUUAAAGUGGUGUCUUGAUCUUGGUAUUCCAGAGGUGACAGUAUAUGCUUUCAGCAUUGAGAAUUUCAAAAGAAGUGAAGAUGAAGUCAGUGCACUCAUGGAUCUUGCUAGAGAUAAAUUUCAGAGGUUAAUUGAUGAAAUAGACCAAAUAAAUGAGUUAGGUGUCCGUAUGCAUAUAGCUGGGAGAUUAUCAAUGUUACCAGAAGAUUUAAGAAAAAUGGUGUCUCGGGCAAUGUUAGCAACAAGACACAACAACAAGUUACGACUAAACAUUGCUUAUGCUUACACAGGACGAGAUGAAAUUAGUAGGGCAGCUUCAGCCAUUGUAGAUGGUGUGAAAAACAAUGAGCUUCAUGCAGAUGACAUAGAUGAAGAACUAGUUUCCCACACACUAGAGCUUGGGGAACCCGAGAUGCUGGUUCGGACUUCAGGGGAAGUGAGACUCUCAGACUUUAUGAUAUGGCAGAUAUCUAACUGUGUUCUCUACUUCACUGAUGUCCUAUGGCCUGAGUUCACAAUAUGGAACCUCUUGGCUGCCAUCAUUCAUUUCCAAAGACAAGCACCUCCAAUGAAGCAUGAAGAAACCAUCAGCAAUAGCAAGCUGCAGUUCUUGGAGCAACUAGAAGACAGAAGAUGGAAAGAUUUAGAAAAACUAGUGAAUUGUUGACUUUAGGGUUUAUAUUAGACAGGUUAAAUUGUAAAUAUUGAUCAAACAUGUUAUUGCAUAAGUUUAUUCCAUUAUUUAAGUUAUGAGUGAAA